CACGGCUCGGCCCUAGCAACCAUGCCCCGCCCCGUUCUAGCCCUGCUUCGCAGCCACUGGCUGGCUCGCGUGAUCUGGGUCAGGUAUUGGUCAACCAGGACGCCGGUCGGGAAGAGUCCCCACCCUCCCGUGUAGGUUGAUCCACAGUCAUUCACCUGGCUGUUAAGGCUGACAGGAUUUUGUGGUUGUCUCCAUCCCCGAGGCUCCGUGGACGCCCUUCCCGGGAGCACAUAUCCAGUGUCCUCUGGGGAGUAGUGGAGCCAACUUCAGGACUGACUGACCAUGACUUCCAUAAAGGAGCAGGCAGCAAUUAGCCGGCUCUUGAGUUUUUUACAGGAUUGGGACAACAGUGGCAAAGUCGCAAGGAGUCACAUCCUCGACAAUUUCAUCAAGACCAACCAAGGCAAGACCUCUCCUGAACUGGAGCAGGAGUUUUCCCAGGGAGCCAGCUUGUUCCUGGUACGCUUGACCACCUGGCUUAGGCUCAUCUAUAUGACUGGCUCCUGUUUAGAUAAGCUUCUAAAGUCUAUUGGCAUCUUCUUGUCAGCGGUGAGCAGUAAUCGGUACCUUAGAGAAUUUCUGGAAGUUGGAGGCGUCCUAACACUCUUGGAAAUACUUGGGCUGGAGAAGAUCAGGGAGGAGGACAAGAAGGAAUCCAUCAAGCUACUUCAGGUUAUUGCAAACCAUGGCAGGAAGUACAAGGAGCUCAUCUGUGAAAGCUAUGGUGUACGAUCCAUAGCAGAAUUUUUGGCAAAGUCUAAAUCCGAAGAGACCCAGGAAGAAGUGCAGCUUCUGUUGGAUUCUUUGGUCCACGGAAACCCCAAGUACCAGAAUCAAGUCUACAAAGGUCUAAUAGCUUUGCUGUCCUGCACAUCACCAAAAGCUCAGCAGCUGUCCCUGCAGACUCUCAGGACUGCGCAGUCGAUCAUUGGAACCACCCACCCCAGCAUCGUGGAGUGCGUGCUGAAGGUGCUGCGCACAAUGCACCUCGAAGUCCAGUAUGAAGCCAUCGAGCUGAUCAAGGACCUGGUCAACUAUGACGUGUGCCAGGCGCUGCUCAAAGGCCUCGUGGAGCUGCUGAUACCGUCCGUCAAGGAGACGAGCAAACUGCAACCCAAGAUCCUCAACGACUCCUUGGUUCCCCAGCUCACCGCCCACCUGCCGGUGUUCUUACAGCAGGCCGCGGCGGCCAAGGCCAUCGGGGUCCUGGCGCGCAGCAACACGACCAUCGCCGAGGAGAUGCUGCACCUGCGCGUGGUGCACAGCCUGUUGGCCGCCAUGGGCAACUCGGACCACAGCAACAGCCAGCGGCAGGCCAGCCUCACGCUGGAGUACUUCGUGCAGGUGUUCCCGGUGGUGGAGGAGCACGUGCGCAGGUCCAUGGGAGAGGAGCUCUACACGCUCUUCCUCAGCAAUGCCGAGGACUUGUACAUGAAAAUAGACGGCAUUCAGGCGGACAUCUUGGCGGCCAACAAAGUCGACGUUUCCAAAGGACCAGGAUCAGCUGGCUUACAUCACAUACUUCCCGAAGGAGGAUGUGGAGGGAGAGGAGUAACAGAGCCUCUGAGGCAAUCCAGAAAGGCCCGGGCUGUGUUUCAGGAAGCCUGGCUGAAGGAUCCUGGGGUCACGCUCACGGUGACUCCACUGGCCCAGGAAAAAAGCUGGUCUGGAGGGAAGGAACGUCAAUAUCCUGGAAGAUUUAAGAGCACAGCCUGAGGAGAGACCCUCACCUCCGCUCCCUACUGGCCCCUGCACUCUCUCCUCCAGGAGACCACACUCACCUGCUUUUUCUCCUACCUCUGGUUGCUUCCUCUCAUUCUCUUUUGCUGAUUCAUCCUCUCAACCCAGCUUCUUUCAAAUUGGAGUGACCUUGAGCCUCUUCUCUACUUUUUCACCCUGGUGAUCUCAUCCAGUCUCAGAACUUUAAAUGCCAUUUAUACGCCAUUGACUCCCACAUUCCUAUUUCCAGUUAAAUAUUUUCACCUCUUUAUGUCCAAAACUGGACUUCUGAUCUGUGCCACCUUCCCCAACACAACUGAUGGCAACUCAUGCUUUCUGCCACUCAGAACAAAGGAGUGUUCUCCUUAAUGUCUCUCUUCAACAUCUGUAUCCAUUCUGUCUGUUGACUCUACCUUCCAAGUAUAUCCAGAAUCCAGCCAUAUCUCACUACCUCUGUUGCUAAUACCCUAAUCUGAGCCAUUGUUUUUCCUGCUUUGUUUCUCCACCAUUGUUAGACUACUCUAGAGGCCUUUCUACCCCGUUCUCUUUUCAAUACAGUAGCCAGGGUAGUCUCUUUUUUUUUUUUUUUAGAUUUUAUUUAUUUAUUUGACUGAGAGCGAGAGAGCACAAGCAAGGGGAGGGGCAGAGGCAGAGGGAGAAGCAGGCUCCCCACUGAGCAGGGAGUCCCAUGUGGGGCUUGAUCCCAGGACCCUGGGAUCAUGACCUGAGCUGAAGGCAGACGCUUAACCAACUGAGCCACGCAGGCGCCCCCAGGGUAAUCCUUU